UGACGUAGUUAAGACGUUUUUGACAUUUUUCAAUGUCCUCAUGUUUUCUUAUUUGUAAUUCGUAUGUACAGCAGAAAUUGGUUUGAACAUAUUUACGAUUUCGUUUAAAUAAAAUGCGAUACAAGCUUCUUUCCACAUCGCCGUCUAUUAGCAUCUGUUGCGCGUGUAGGGCAGCCAUAGUGGAGCGAUGCAACUUUGGGUAACGUAGUAUACAGUACAGUAAAAUACCAGGAGGACCAGGAGUAGUGCUCUAUUUUUGCUUUAGCUGCAACGCUUUAAUAAAAGUAAUCGUUGUCAAUACAUUUAAUAUUUAAAUAAUUGUAAAACUAUAGCCGAUGAAUGUGACGAAUGACUUCAGAUUUGGAAUUUGGAAUGACUUCAAAUGAAAUCAGUCAACAUAGUGUUUUGCACUCAUGUGCUUGUUAUGUAGGACAGAAAAAGGGUGGUGACAUCAUCAUGACAAUGUUGCAUCACUGUGCCAAAGGCCUCCUUUCCCCUCUGAUGCAUCAUAUUAAAUGACAGGGAGUGAUGUCAUCUUUGCAGCUGCUAAUUCCAGUGCAAAUCCAAAAUUUGGAUGAGCACAUUUUCCCCUGCUAGUUCAAACUGUUAAACGUGAGAAAGUCAAGAUGCCCAAAAAGAAGGGAAAGAAGCGCAAAGGCCCAGCGGAUGACCCCAGUCUCCGCCCACAGGUCAUGAGAGACAAGCUGAAGAAGGAGAAGGCCUAUACGGCAACAAACUCCAUAAAGCUGAAGGACACCUAUCGUCUCAACCUGCGCAGGAACCGCUGUGAACAGCUCAAGGAAGAGAUAGGCGCCCUUCGGCGGACUUUUGAGCGGCGAGAUCAGGACCUGAACCGCGCCAUGGACAGGUUCGCAUGUUGCGUGCAGGACGGCGAGCGUUUCUCGGCUCAGGUGUGGCGCGUGCACCGUGAACACGUUGAGCAACUGCGUGCCAUGCAGGAGAAGCGGCUGAAUUUCCUGCAGCAGCAGUGGGACAUGGGUCAGGACGCUUUAGGCCACAGGCUGGAGGUACUGAGUGAAACAAUGGCGACCUACUUCCUGCAGUCGCGCGUGGGUUUUGAAGACACGGUGGUCCACUUGGAGCGUCACCACCAACAAGCCUUGGCCACCAUCCACAUGCUAUACAGCGAGCCCAUGGAGGCUCACUCUGUGUUUGAGAAGAGGAAGGCCUUCGAGGUGGAGGAGCUCUUCCUGGACCAGAACGUGAAGGUCCUCAAGAACCAGAAAGCCCAUAAGCGCUACAUCCAAGAGAUGGAGAGAGUGGAGCGUAUGGAGGCCAAGAAGGAAGUCUCCGUGAUGACUUCUAAGAAGGGUGUGGCGCUCUACCAUACCAUCCUCGAGACACAGUCCAGACUGGAGACCACCGAGAAGACCAACGCUGACAUGACGGCCAAGCUGACGGCGGUUCGGAACGACGCUAAGGCCAAGAUCCACAUGCUCCUCAACCAGAUGGCUCGCAACCGCGUUCCCAUUCAGAUGAUGAUCAACGAGGUGAGCAUGCACAGCAACGCCGCGGCCAACAGCUUGAGGUUGCUCAUCGCCAGGGGCGUUCAGCUCCUGAAGGUGGCCGAGAUGUGCCGCCAUUUAGAGGCUCAGCAGAAAGAGGAGCAAGUGGCCGACAAAGAAAUCAUUCCGGAAUCAGAGACACCCACUGUGGAGCCAUCGCCAAUAUACGAGUUCCCCGAGCUGAUGAAGCGCUACAAUUUCACGAAGCUCCACCAGGACGCCCUGAAGCGGCGCAACACAAACUUGCAGCGGGAGAACCAGCAGCUGCAGCUGCUUACACGGCAAUGUCUCGAAGCCAAGACCAUUAACCCGGACACCCACAACGGACCGUACAAUCCCCUGCUGCUCAAGUUGGCCCCUGUCAUGGAGAAGGACACCGCCAAGCAAGUGCAAUGUGUCAUUGAGGGAGUGAACGCCAUCAGACUACUAUCUAUAAAUGAGUUUCAUGACACACAGGCCGACAAAAUAUUUUCAGUCAGCCCCCUCCAUUGAAGGAGUUAUUAUCCUGCCCCCCGAAAUGAGUGACAUUUAUGUUAUAGAAAUCCGGUAUUAGAGUAUUUACAGCACUUAGUGUCUUUAAACACACUUAUGAAUACAUAUAAAAUUAUUUAAACACAUAAUUUAAUGAGAGACAGUGAGCAACAGCAAUUGAUAGCACAAAAGUAUUGUAAAGUGUAGUGCUCCCUAAAAGUAAAC